AUGAGCGUAACACGUGGCUCCCGCUCCGGAAACGCUUCUUCUGCGAUAGACGCUGUACUACAAGCUCGCAAGGAGCGAGAACGUGCGCUCGCCCGCGAAAGGCAACGCCGACGCAGGGCCAACAAAUCUGUACGCGCUCGAGAAGCAGCAGCCGCCUGCCAGCGCAGGCAAGUCAACCCUGAACUGAAGGCUCAGAAAGCUCAGUGCAUGCGGCAGAAGCGACAAUCUAAUCCGGAUCUCCGACAAAGAGAAGCAGCAGCCAAACGCCGGCGCGGAGAAGAGAAUCCGGACCUUCUGGCAGCAGAAGCAGAGGCUUGCCGUGCCCGCCGGAAGGAACGCCAUCUUCCUGACGUGGGAUCCGACGCACGUAUCAAACGUGUCUUCCUAGACCGGCGCUUCGACCAUAGCUACCAAGUGUGCGAACGCUUAUGCUUUGACAAAGCGUUUACGAAAAUCCGCAACAUACGAAGCGCACAGUCCCGAGGCUAUGUCAUGGAAGCGCUGCAACAAGAAUUCCCCGCUACAUCGCGAACAGAUUACAGUGAGUGCGUGGCUUGGUCAACCAGUCUAGGAGGUGAUGGCUCAACAUGCGAAAAUUCGUUUAUAGCUGUAAGGGUCCCCACAAUGAGCGUAACACACAACUACCUCUCCAGAAACGCUCUUUCUGCGAUGGACGCUGCACUGCAAGCACGCAAGGAGCGAGAACGCGUGCUCGCCCGUGAGAGACAACGCCGACGCCGGGCCAGUGAAGCUGUACGCGCCCGGGAAGCAGCGGGCGCUCGGCAGCGCCGGCAAGCGAACCCAGAACUGAAGGCCCUACAAGCAGCAGCGGCACGCCACCGCAGGCAAGCUGACUCUAGCAUCGUCAAAGCCCAAACCGCAGCUGCGCACCAGCACUGGAAAGCCAAACCAGAACUGAAGGCCCAGGAAGCUCAGUACAUGCGUCAGAAGCGACAAGCUAAUCCGGAUCUUCAACAGAGAGAAGCAGCAGCCAAACGCCGGCGUAGAGAAGAUAAUCUGGAUCUUCUGGCAGCAGAAGCAGAGGCUCGCCGAAAGGAACGCCGUCUGACUGACGGGGGAGGAGCCGACGCACGCUUCAGGCGUGACUUCAGUCUUCCAGAACAGGAGACGACCAAGGGAUAUAGCUGA